UUGACUGAACAUAAUACCCUAGAUUCUCAAUAACGGCAAAGGCAAUGACAGAUAAUUACAGAGAGAUUUCUGCGGCACGGAAAGCUCUACGAGACAGCUACCAAAACCUGCAGAAUGUUGCUGAUUACUGUGAGAAGAACUACAUGGAGGCUCCCAACAAGCGCAAGUCUCUGGAGAGUACCAUGGCUCUUGUGACACAAACCCUGGCUAGUGUGGUUUCUCAAGUGGGAACUGCUGCCAGAUACAUUUCAGACAUGCUGGAGGAGCAGAGUCAAGUUCUGCUGAAGGAGGAGGCUAAAGUCAGAUUCAUCUCUCAGUUUCUAGAUAUCCAUGCUGAAAAAGUUUCCCGGCGCAAAAUUGGAAGUUUGACUGUCUCGAAGAGGUUCCCACACACUCAAAAAAUUGUGUAUGGAGAGACCAAACAACCACAGUCCACAUAUACCAGAAAUCCCAUUAAUCUCUCGUCCCUUGAUAAUACCGGCCAUGGACUCAUGGAUUCUGAAACGCAACAAUUAUCAAAAACUGGGACCAUGUCACGCAAGAUAAGUGUAAAAUCUAUGGGACAGGCUCAGAACUCAUUUGGGAGAAGCUGUCGGAUAAAAGAUCCAGUUUCUCCCCCGGUGGUUCCUGAUAUGUUUCCAUGGUCAGAAAUCCCCAAUGGAACAUCUUCCAGUAUUCCUAAUUCCCCCAGUGUGAAUAGCGUUCCUCCUUUCUCCCCUCUACUAGCCUUGUCUGAGCACUGUGACCCUUCUGUAGAUGAAAGGCAGAUAACAAGAUCAGGCUCUAGUUUCCUUGACCUCUCUAAAGUGAUUUCCUAA